UAGUCGUGCAACUGCUAGUGACGCUGAGAAAUUGCAUCUUGUCAUUAAUUGACGUGCGUAAAGAACUUGUUUCACUAGAAAUGACUCAACUAUUGUUGGUUAACGUGUUAACACUAGCUCGAUUGCUCUUCAACUAAACAUUCGUUUCCAACAUACAAUUGAAGCUUUCAGUGCACAAGCUAAACGUGGAGUACCGAUUUUAUCCAUGUGUAGAUUAACCAACGUGCAUUUCAAUUAGUUUUUGUGCGCGCUUCAAAAUGGUAUUCGCUAGCUAUAGUAACGAUAUUCUGCUAACUGAAUCCAAGCAACUAGCUAGAGAAGUGGGUCCUCCAGAUGAAGUUAACAUGAGAUGCUGUUCUUGGCUUAACAUGCAGCUUCUGAGCCUGGACCUCCGGGAUGCAUCCAAGCAGUCAACAUUCCCAGUGAGACCUGUUGGUUACAAUAAGCCCUGGACCCCAUGUUCCCUCUCUGCAUCUAGCUCUGCCCUCUCUACUCACUCCACAGAAAGUGCAACCAUGACCUCCAGCCACUGGGGGCAGAACACAGAGGCCUCACUCCCAUCAAGAUUGAAGAUGUCAUUCUGGGCUGAGCGCUCGGUCAGCAUGGUGGAGCCCAGCACGUGCACCCUGGGCUGGGCCUCUACAGAGCCUAAACAGCCCCCAGCCUCCCCUACUGGUGGCCCUGUCUCUGGGUCUCCCACCUCCUCACGCUAUAAGACUGAACUCUGCCGCACCUUUGCUGAGAGUGGCAUCUGUAAGUAUGGGGGGAAGUGCCAGUUUGCCCACGGCUUUGAUGAGAUGCGUGACCUCAACAGACACCCCAGGUACAAGACGGAGCCUUGUCGCACCUUCCACACCAUUGGCUUCUGUCCUUACGGCAUCCGCUGCCACUUUGUUCAUAACAAUGAGGACGACCUGGGCCCUGGUCCUGCCAGACCUGGGCCUGGUCCUCAAACCCCCCGAACUAGACGACCCCCUCUACUUAGGCAGAGCUUCAGCUUCGGAGGCUUCCCCUCCACCCCUCCACAGCCCCUGGAGCACUCCCUCCCCCACCCCUUCCUCCUUGUGCCUUCAGUCUCCCCUCCCACCUCAGCUGACAUAACCGACCUGCUCUCCCACGCCUUCUCUGAGGUGGGCUGUGUCUUUGAGCCGGCCCAUGAACUCCAGUCUCAGUUUCUUCCCUCUCCUGACUCAGGCUGUUCCCUCUGUGGGCUGUCCCCUGUGCCUUCCCCCUCCCAGAACCCCUGUACCUUAUCAGAGGGCUGCAGCCUGCAGCAGAGCCAGAGUCCCCCCUGUGGGCCUGCUCUCAGGGCCAGGAGCCUCUCCUAUACCUCCCUGUCUGACCACGAGGGUGGGUGUGGCAGCUCAGCCAGCAGCCUCAGUGGGUCUGACUCCUCUGGUCCAGAUGGGUCUGGUCGGCGGCUGCCUAUCUUCAGCCAGCUCUCAGUGCCUGACGAGGGCUUCAGCAGCGAGUUCUGCAGCGGCACUAGCUUUUUCCUCUAGGUAGGACUUGCGUUUUUUUUUUUUUUAAGAACCAUGACUGCAUACUAUUGUGUACCUAAUGUAUUUUUACGGGCAGAUGCUUGACGCAGAAAUGUGCUUCAGUUAAGCUCAAGUGAAAUUAAGCUGUACAAUUUUGAGGUACAAGUUGACAACAAGGCAAGGUGCAUUGCACUGACUAUUUUGGAGAGAGAAAAAAUAGUGUAAUCAUUGUUAUUGCCCCAGGAAAUCCUCCAUUCCUGCCACCUGCAGUUGUAAGAAGUGAACUAGUCAUGUAAAUGACCGUUUGAGAAGCAAUUAAUGAAUCUUAGAAUGUUAAAGAGGAAAAAAAAAAGCCAAAGACAAGGACACAAUGCAUCUCUGCCAAGUUAGAUUUACCCCUAUGAAUGUUGGUUGACUAUUGUGAUAUUUGUUUCUUUAUUGUACACUGUUCUGACUGGGCUUAAGAAAUGGACCUUUCCAAAAACCCACCUUCGUUUUUUUUAAUGACUUCAGUGCCUGUAAACUUUUAUAGUUUUUUUUUUUUUUUCUUUUUAUGUUGUUGAAAACUGCAAUUUUCAUUGUUAGUUGCAGGGGGACCUUGGAUUUUUUUUUUCUUCUCUUUUAGAUCAAAGCUUAAAUUGGUUUCCUAACUUUACUUAGCAAGGUGGCUUGUGGGAAUGAAUAAUUGUUUCCUCACUUGUUUCUGUAAUCUCUGCAAAUGUUUGAAGUUGUAUGUAGACGUUCUGAAGACGCACCGAGAGUGUAUGUCCCUUGUGUGGUAGACUCUGCACGUAAUCCCCGAUGAGCAGAAAAAUACAUGUGCAUGGCAAAGUGAUAUGAUUCAACUGGGUUGCCGUUGGAAUCCGAUUCUAUUGCGUUGGACCUAAACGGCACCUGGUUCAGUAGAUUGAAUCGUAGUGUCUUUCUAGAAGUCCUUGGGGAGAUCUAAUGGUAGAUGGUUUGUAUCUGAGAUGUUUUGGUAGUUGGUUCUGAGAGUGGGUGCUUUUUUCUUUUUUUGCAUUCCAUUGUAUUUAAAUACCUUUUUGACCAACAUGUUUCAAGCUUGUUUAGUGAUAAUGGAGAAUCUUUAGUAAAUUAAGUUUAAUUUAUUUUAAUGUAUUUAUAGAACUUUUGGAGUUUGUAUUAAGUUUAAUAUAUUUUUGUUGUUGUACUGGAAAUAAACUUUUUUUAAACAUUG